AUAUUUUUAUUUUUUCUUUCAUAUAGAUAUAUCUUUGUUUUGUUUUGUUUUAAAACUGCAAGCGGUUCGAGGGGGGGGAACAGCGCGGCUCGACACCUGGAAGUGGGCUCGGCUCGGCUCGGCUCGGCUCGGUACCGGCGGCCACUGGUCGCAGGUGGUCGGUAUUGUGGCCCCGGUGUGUGCAGCCGCUUCCCCGGCUCUCGCCAUGCUGAAGACCCGGCAGUGUCUCCUCGGGAUCCGGACUUUCCUCGGGGUCACGUCGCGGAUUUGGGGCUUCCUUCUCUACGUGCUCAGGAAGCACCUCCGCACGAUAAUCCAGUACCAGACUGUGCGUUAUGACAUCUUGCCUCUGUCACCCGUCUCCAGAAACAGACUCUGCAGUUUAAAGAGGAAGAUCUUGGUGUUGGAUUUAGAUGAAACGUUAAUCCACUCGCAUCACGACGGGGUCUUAAGACCGACAGUGCGGGCUGGCACGCCUCCUGAUUUUAUAUUGAAGGUUGUAAUAGACAAACACCCAGUGAGGUUUUUUGUACAUAAAAGGCCGCACGUGGAUUUCUUUCUGGAAGUGGUGAGCCAGUGGUAUGAGCUGGUCGUGUUCACAGCCAGUAUGGAGAUUUAUGGAUCUGCAGUGGCCGACAAACUUGACAAUAACCGAGAGAUCCUGAAACGAAGAUAUUAUAGACAGCACUGUACACUGGAGCUGGGCAGCUAUAUUAAAGACCUGUCCGUCGUGCAUGGUGACCUGUCCAGCAUUGUCAUUUUAGACAACUCCCCGGGGGCCUAUCGAAACCACCCAGAUAACGCAAUACCUAUAAAGUCGUGGUUCAGUGAUCCCAGCGACACAGCACUUCUCAACCUGAUCCCCAUGCUGGAUGCACUGAGGUUUACAGCAGACGUCCGAUCGGUCCUGAGUCGGAAUUUACAUCAACACCGGCUCUAGUAAUGAGGCUGAAAGAGCGAGGCCCUCCCUGCUGAGCCUGACCCGGAAGAGGGCUGUGCGGAGACUUCCUUGCUACAUCGGCCCUCGCCAGUGCUGUCUGGCUCUGUGCUCGGGAGUUGUUUAACCUGGACUGUGCUGGGAAUAGCAACACAUGUUUUUGGUCUGUCCUCCUCCUUCUCCCCUCCCCCCCUCCCCCCUCCUUACUUUUCCCAGUGAAUUUUUAUUUUUUAUUGAGAAUCAUCUUUCAGGAUCUACUGGAAUCCACAUGGAGGUUUUUCAAUGGUACUUUUACACAGACUGUGGCUGGCAAUUUAUUUCCCCUGAUUUUUAUUAAAAGAAAGAAAACCCUAACCAAUAGCAGAUCUUCAGAUCCAGGAAUUCUUGGGAAGGGACAGAUGAUGGCGAUUUUAAUACACGCACACACAUCUAUAUAGAUACAGACACACAUGCACACACACACUUCUAUAUAGAUGCACACAGUUGCCCUUUUCUGUAAGGAUUUGAUCAUAUUUUCUGCCAACAGCCAUACGCACAUCCCAAGAUAAAGAAAGAUGAAUGAACUUCAUUGAUUUGUUGUAGCAGCUACGCAACCUGUGUGAGAGCCCCAGCAUAAGGCCUUGAAAUGAGAAAUUUAAAAAAUUAAAAAAAUCUAGAAUUCCCAGGACAGGACAAAAAAACAAAACAAAACAGGAAUUCAAAUCUGAAGUCUUUUGUUGCUGGAGUUUCUAUUACACGUGGAAGAAAUACAUCACAAAUCAACGCUCUGUUCUUUAUUUUGAUAUGGAAGGAUUUGUAGUUAACGGUACAGUGCUAUAAACCGACAAUAACGGCAGCUUCCUGUUAUCACUUCCUGUGCUGUAGGUCACGUGUCCUGAGCAGACACACACAACCCAGACUUUACAGUUAUGUCCUUCAUAUACAUGUUUAUUUCAAAUGGUAUAUAGAUUUUUCACAUGCAGUAUUCGAGAUACUACAAAUAAUGAAAAAGUUCACAUAUAUAUAUAUUAAACAUUUAAAUCUA